AUGGUUGUUGAGAGUCUGCGUACACGCUCAUUGUCAACCCUUGCUCAUAGACACACGGUGAGCACUUUUGCCUAUUGCCGCACGACACAGUCAGAUAAUCGCACUACCAGUCUUCUCAAAACAGAUUGGUGGCGGAAAUUCAUCAUAGAAGGACCUUUCUCGGUUUUCAAAUUCAUACAGAAUUACAGCGGAACACCUACUGCCUCGAAAAUUCUGUUACCGCAAAACCUCACGUAG